AUGGACGCUCAUGGGUCAGAUCUACCAAGUAUUCACCAGCGUCCGUACUUUGACGGCAUCGUUCAGCUGCCGGUGCUGCCAUCGCAUCUGGCCCGGGAGUCACUAGCAGCGAUGCCAUCUUCUACAUACUGGCCCCGGCCACCUCGGCCGUCUGCAACCCCCGAUUCCGCUCCAAACUCUACUGAAUGGGAUCAAACAAUUCCAGUAUCUACAGCUACAACUAACCCGUCGACUCCGGUAUCUACUACCGUGAACGAAAAACGCAAAGCAGGCGCCAAAUCCAGCGCUGAGCAACAAGGAAAAAAGAAGAAAUCCUCCAAAAAGGGAACAACGCCAUCCAAGCGCUUCGUCGGGACAAAUAAGAUGAUCGAAGCGCUCCUCGACAUGCACUUCAAAGACGAUGACGUUAGGCUUCGUGUCAAAAAUGCCGAUACUAACCGAAAGAAAGCUCUCGCAUGGCAAUUUUUUGCCAAUCGAUUAUCGGAGAAACUGGAGGUGGUGCUCUCAAGUGAUCAGCCGCCAAAAAGCGGCUACACCCCCUGCAAGUCUGGCUGCCGCCAUGAAAGACGGCAUAACAGCUAUCGCCGCAUCGAUGGGGCUGACGAUAAGCUCGUUGAAGUGCUCCGUGAUACCCAGCCCGAAUACAAUAAGAACAAAAUCGAGUCUCAUGAUCCACUACGGCCUGCCUAUUCACCGCAGGGAGUUGUUUUUGCUACAAUACCAGCCUUCGUGCUUCGCAGGUCGUCUAAAUCGCAUCGAGGAGCCAUCCACUGCGCCAAUGACGUCAGGAAAGCCUGCGAUUCGCUCAAAUCCAUCGAGACGCCAAACUCGUUCCCACUUCGGAAUAGCUCGGAGAACUGA